UCCUCUUUCCACGUCCAGUAAUCUGACACCCAAAAAGACUCGCAGCAGAAGGAUGGACCCUUAACUCGGCUGGAAGGACGGAAGGAAGGAGCACUCACCCAACGAGCGCAAACGAGAGGGACCGAGCAGAAGCCGAAACCGCUGUGCGCAAAAACAACCCCGUGGCUGCGGCAGCGGAGGAGAGGCUGGGUGCCUGCGCGUCUCCAAAAUAACUGGCCGUCCGCUUCUAAAUGCUCCCGAAGCGACAAGUUUCACUUUCCACAGGCGGAUGGGUGACUUUCCACGGCGCUUUGUGAGGAGGAGAUGAUGAAGAAUUUCAGCGGCAGUCCCCUUCACAGCAACAACCAGACUCCCAACCACGUUAGAGAGCGAAACAACAGAAAGUACAGCUUACUCUCUGUUAUACCGCUGCGAUUCUCCCUGCGAGGUUAUGGUUUCUGCAUGGCUACGCUGUUCCUCUUCUGUUUCGGCUCCCUUUUUUACCAGCUGAACGGAGGACCCCCUAAAAUCCUGCUGGACAUCCGACAGUAUCUCGGGGUGUGUGGGAAAAAUCACUGGUCAGUCAAAAUGUCCACCGGCAGCCUCUUUAUCCAUAAGGACAGGCUGGCAAGACAGCUGGUGUCGUGCCCACAUGUCCACAAGCUGAGACGAGGUGAAUCCACAUAUCUGGAUGACCACGGACCCCCUGCACCAAGAGUGCUCCCGUUCCCCAGCCAGGUGGUUUAUAACCGUGUGGGGAAGUGCGGCAGCCGAACGGUGGUCAUCUUACUAAGAUUACUGGCUGAGAAACACCAGUUUAACCUGGUCUCCUCUGACAUCCACAAUAAAACACGCCUCACGAAACAUGAGCAGGUGGAUCUCAUGAAGAAUAUCAGUAAUAUCCCCCAGCCAUUCCUCUACACACGGCAUGUUCACUUCCUCAACUUUACCAGGUUCAGGAUAGAGCAGCCAGUCUAUAUCAACAUAAUCCGGGACCCCAUCAACCGGUUCCUCUCCAACUACUUCUUCCGUCGCUUCGGUGACUGGAGGGGCGAGCAGAACCACCUCAUCCGCACUCCAGGGAUGAAAGAUGAUGAGAGAUACCUGGAUAUCAAUGUGUGCAUUCUAGAGAAUUACCCAGAGUGCUCCAACCCCAGAGUUUUCUACAUCAUCCCCUACUUCUGUGGACAGCACCCUCAAUGCAGGGAGCCAGGAGUAUGGGCUUUGGAAAGGGCCAAACAGAAUGUGUUGGAGAACUACCUCCUCGUGGGUAUCCUGGAGGAGCUGGAGGACGUUCUGCUCCUGUUGGAGAGGCUCUUACCUCAUUACUUUACUGGAGUGCUUAACAUCUACAAGAGCCCUGACUAUAAGAAGAUGGGGAACAUGACAGGCACAGUGCGUAAACACACACCCACCCUGGAGGCCCUGCAAGUGCUCUACCACCGCAUGCGCUACGAGUACGAGUUCUACAACUUCAUCAGAGACCAGUUCCACCUCAUGAAGAAAAAAAUUGGCCUCAAGUCCGUCUCCCAGCCCCCUGCCCACUCACCCGCUUUCCUUCGAGAGCUGGCCCUCCGAACCCCAGAGCCUCUGGACGAAGACGAAGAGCUGGACACAGACCUGGAGGAUGCCAACAGCUGGCUGGUCCAUCCUUAAAAGGCUGUUUGACGAACAGUGGGCGUAGCCAAGAAAAAAGCUGAUUGGCUGGAGAUAGCUGGAGGCAGCCUGAGGGCAGAAGGGGAGCGUUGUUCCUCCAUCUUUCAGCAUUCCUAAGAAAAGUGAGGUGCGUUUUAGGGGUGUGUGGAUCCUGACGCUCGUGUUUUCUACGGGCUCUGCUUUCCAUCUGCGAUAGACUCCUAUCAUGACGUGCUCAGCACUGAGGACUGUCGGGUUGAGUAAUUGGAAGGACAAAAUGCUCUAUUUAAAAAAAAAAUUGACCAAGAACAGUGGGAAAUAACGUUAAGCUUAAUGUGCUUGACUCAAGUUUUGUUUUAAUUUGAGCUUGUUUUUGGGUUCAUUUAUGUAAAAACAAAAAAAGAAACGUCAUUGCUGUAAUCUCCAGGAGAGAUUAGCGCAAGGUGUGGAUAGCUAAAUGUGUUGGGAAAUAUUCUUAAUGUUGGUCGCUGGGGUGUUUACUGUCAGAGAGGACUCCAGAGACAUAGCCCAAGAAAGAGAUUUAUGAAAGGGUUACUGUCCUAAAAGCUGGAAUGGGAAAUGGUAUUCACAAAUAAAGAAAAGUACCAAAACCCUUUUUUGUAUAUUAGUUGUCUAGGACUGUUGUAAGUGCCAAACCUCGCUGAGAGAUCCAGUAAACCUCCGUGCACGGCUGGUGGAGUUGUGACCGCAAGCGAGUCAGUUGUUAUACUGUACUAUUGGUUUAUAACAUUUUGUUUAUUAGGUAUAAAUGAGGGUUAGAUGGCAGGCACUCAAUUAUGAAUUCAGAGAAUUCCGACAGUGUGUGUGUGAAUGAUUGAGUUUGACCAAACCAGCAGUGUAUUUUAGCGUAGAUUUAUUAUUUUGGGACAGGGACAGGUCAUUUUGUUGCGAGUCAAACACUAAAAAACAUUUAGUUUGUUUAAUCCAAAGUUUAAAAGAUUGAGCUUGCCAAAUACCAGUGUUUCUACUGCGAUGCAUUACAAAACUGUACGAAUAUACUGCACUUUUUCUGAGGUGACUUUUCCUGAAAUUCUGCAGCAAAAUGAGGGAUUCGGUCACAAAACUGGAUACUAAUGCUCCUUUCAUUUCAAACAGGAUUGUGUUACUGUUCAAGGGUUCGUUUUCCCCUCUCAAAAUAUUACCAUGAAAGCGUGUGACCCCUGCUGCUAACACUAACUUCUAAUUGACCUAUGGCUAAGCCACGCCCCCAUCCACUCACUUGGACAAACUAUCGGGUCCAUGUCAUUAGUCCGACAGCCCAUUGGUCCGACAUCCGUCCGACUGUCGUGGUGCUGAACGGCUCCCGGCGGGUGUAUUUCUACCUUGAUGGUGCGCCGCGACCGGCUCUGGGUCAGCUGGGAAAGGCUUGAGGCGGAGCAGGCUCACAGCUUAUGUGUUUGUCACUUUCUUUUUCAUUUUAACCCACACCAUGAUUUUUUCCUGACCCUAACCAAGUGGUUUUUGUGCCUAAACCUAACCAGACCUUAACCACAGGGCAUCAUGAUGAUUUCAGAACGGACUUCGGAACAAUGGGUUUAAUAUGGUCGGACCAAUGGGCUGUCGGACCGAUGGGCAGUUCCCCAAACUAUCAAUAUUCAGUGACCGGCGCUAUGGCAGGUGUCACAGUACACGGCAUUUUGCAGGAGGCAAUUGAUGAUUUUUGGGGACAUAACGAUCAGAUGUCAUUGAGAAGUAACCAAAAGGGCCUAAACUACGCAUUGGAGGGAUAUGUUAAUCAUUUUAUUGUUGAGAAGGUCGAUGGAAAGCUUAAAUUACAGGCCAGAAUUUACAGGUCACAGUGUACGCUUGUGAACCGCAUCUCAUUGCCGUUGCCAUCAAAGACAACAAGUUAAAGUGCCACUGAAGUUAAGGUUUUUGGCUCAGAAUAUGCAAAAAGGAUAACGGCCUUUUUUACCAUCUUUACCAAGAGUGUCUCUCCGUUAGUUUGGUGCUACAGUAUUUACAUUGAAUCAUUCAGCAUAACGUUUGCCAACCUUUGUUAUCUCUGCGAUUACAGAUAAGUUAAUGAAGCUAAGCUCCAGAAGUUAACGUUAGCUUAACUAGAGCCCUUUGGACAACAGCUAACAAUGAUGUAUGAUCCCCAAAGUACAAAAACUAGAACAAAAUAGGCUAAUGAACUCCCAGCAAACAAGCUGACACGAUGAACAACGCAGCUAGGAGCUAACGUUAGCUAGAGAUGUUAAAGAUAACUUUAUAUUUCUUUCCAGCAAAGUGACAAUAUGUUGCCUCAAACACGAUGUUGACUUACCUUAAAACAGAUGUAGACAUCAUUGUUAAUCUUAUUCACCUUGAGUUGAUGUUGUGGUCUAAUGUUACCACACAACUUUAUCCAAAGGAGACACUUUUCUUGGUUUAAAGUGUAAAAAAUACACCUCGUCGCCCCAGCCUCUCAGGAUACCUUGUGUCGGAGUUGCAUGUACCCCAUGCACACUGUUUGACCAUUUUUAAACUCCAAAUCUCCGAAAAGCUCAUAAAACUGAACAAAACUGACUUUCUGUAAUGCAUUUCAAUGAACGUCCAGG